UAGAGUUUGUUGUUACAGAGAAGACAAAGAGAGGGUCGAGAAGGAAAAGGGCAAUGCAAGAAGAAGCAUAAAUCUAUCUUCUUUUCGCCGAAGUCUGUUCAUGGCGAUGUCGGGAACUUUCCAUUUGAAUUGUGAUUACUUCCCUGGUUGUACACUUUCAGACAGCCGUUGCUUCUCUAACUCUGCUGUUUCAAGAAGAACGCUUGCCAUACUACCUUGGUCUUCCUGUCUGGAUCACAAGAAUGGGCGUCUGAAAUCUAUCCGCAGUACUAGUUCUUUUGUGUGCCGAGCUAGUUCUGGCGGAUAUAGGAGAAAUCCUGAUUUCUCAAGACUUAAUAAGCAUGGUUCCCGUGGAGGCAACAGGCAAAACGAAGGGAGAGACGAUUUUGAUAUCGAAAACUCUGACAUGUUGUCUUCAAGAAAUGGACCUUUACUCUCUCUAUCUAACUCCCCCAAAUUCCAAGCUACCUCAUCCCCUGGACCAAGAGAGAAAGAGAUUGUGGAGCUUUUCAGGAAGGUUCAAGCUCAGCUUCGAGCUCGUGCUGCUGCAAAGAAAGAAGAAAAAAAGAUUGAAGAAUCUUCUAAAGGGCAGGGGAAAGAAAGUGAAACUGUCGACUCCCUUCUUAAGUUACUAAGGAAGCACUCGGGAGAGCAGAGCAAGAAGCAAGUUAGCAAAUUUAGCAGCCAGGGAGAUGUGCAUGGAGAUACUGUCGACAAACAGGAUCGCAAUGGAAAUCUUGCCAAUUCAGCGAACAAAGAUUAUAAUUCAUCAUCCUUUUCCAGACCAACAUCAAGCUUCAGAAGAAAGUCGCCAGUACCAAGAUCUAAAUCACCGCCAGCUUACUCUAGCGAGGCAACUUUUGAUCAGGAAUCAAGUUACAGCGUAACUUGGACCCAGAAGAAGGAUACAGUGGAGUCGCAUGGUGAGCCUGAGAAUGAGCCUGUGAAUGAGCAUGAGAAGGAGC